CUGCAACGAGCUGUUGCUGUAUUUGCUUUUAAACGAGCGACGAAAGGGACUUGGGAGAGACUCCGAACCAAUCAUGAGUAACUUUUGUAAUCACGACCAAAGUCUACUAUUGAGAGUCAGAAUGAGAGUGAGAGUAAGUCCACGAAGUUCUACCAUCGAUUUCUUUUUCCCGUUGUUUUUUCACUGCGUUUUUUCUCGUGACAAACAAACAGGCCCUCUGUGUUUUUUUUGCACCUUUUUUUAGCUCACUAAACUCACGUCGGCUCCUCUCAUUCGGAGACCAUUCAUCUAAUUCCGAAUUCAUAAACUAGAACUACACGGGCAAGGAACUUCUAAGUACUCAGCCUGAGGACGGAAGCAAGCUCCGCUUUCCAUGGGUCUUGGUCCGUCCGUAAACCACAACGACCCUGGGCUGGUGAACAUCCAGCCCCGGGGUGGUUGCACCUCCCGACACGGGCAGUAUGCGUGCUACAAUCCCUGUUCCAAGCCGGAAUUCGAGACGGACUACCAACUCGCGGACCAGCGGUUGUUUCAGCCCGGCCUGCUCAGCCCGCAGCAGUACCAACACGGGCUGGAAAAGGUGAAUAAGAAGGUUUACGCUGGCCACCCCUGGUUGAUCACCCACCGUUUCUGGUUCGUCCCUCUUCCGUUUUUGAUCGCCGGGAUCGUGUUUCUGACCAUGUACGAAAAAGAGCGGCUGGAGUGCACCGCCGCAAACGGCACCUGCGAUUUAAUCGACAAUGGGGGUAGUCGGGCGUACGACACGGGGGUAGUCGGGAGCGCGAUUCCGGAAACGUUAUGGAUUGCAAAUAUGUCUGGGUCUGGAAGAUUCUUACAUUUGUCAUGCAUGUCUGACAAGACUCGAGAAUCUGUGAUGCAUGGGCACGAAGCUGUCCUCUUACCUGUCAUGCAAAAACGCAGUUUGCCAUGCGGAACACGCAACAUAUAGGAGCCCAAAAAUUUGUCAUGCUUGGCUCCGUAUUGCAGUGGAACUCUCAUUCACUUUUAGCAUUACAAGUUUCCAGACCCAGACAUUUUUACAUUUGAUAAACGUGUUGUGCCUACUACUGCUGCGAGCGGUCGGACGAGGACCGAAUUCGGCUACUGGAGGACGAGGAAAAUAAAGCAGAUUCGUCUUCAUCAUCUCGUCCCUUUGCAGCUGCGUCGACGUGGUCUCUUGCGGAAAAUUCGCCAUUUAUUUCAUCCGGCCAUUUCAACGCCCGGAGCCUGGACGCUAUUGACGCUCCGAAUGCGCAGUGCAAAGUGAUUGAGGCAACGGAGAAUGCGGAAUGUGAUUGCAAGAAGAAAGGUAGUGGAAAAAACAAGGACAAGGAAGUUUGCAGCAAAGACACCAAGAUUGUCGGUACUUUGUUUGGCGGAAGUAGUGAUGUUUUGGUACGCGGUUUCUUUCUUUGUUUCCACACUGGAAUUGUUGACUCAGCUUGUCAUAGUUAAGUACUGGGCCAGGUUUUUGGUACUCCCUACUUUUAAGGAAGUCUUCUUCAACCCUAGGUCCUCACAAGCGCGUCGACGCGGUCUGGUGGCCGCUGCUCAUUGGUAUUUUGCUGAUCGUAGGUGCGGUGUUGAUACCCAUGAUUUCGCACUUGCUGGUACGGUGUAGCGAGGGGAAUGCGAUCAAGGAGAUAUUAGAGGAGGAGUGGAACACGGGGAAACCGCAACGCCUGCAGCUACGGUUCGAAUACGUGAUGGGGGGCAAGCAUCACGAGACCAACUUGAAAGUGUUACCGCAAGUGAAAAAACUGAGCUAAUGGUGCCCCCAAUGUGUAUUUUUGCGGAUGUUGAUGUUGAUCGACUCUUGGUACAAGAGUUUUUUCCGCCAUGCUCGACGACAUGCAACGCAGUCGCUGCUUGUACUUUGGUUUCAUUCCUUUCGCUCCUCGCGACGCAUAACAGGCUCUUCAUGUUAUUCUUCGUCAAUUUGUUCUGCUGUGCUGCAUGUUGAAAAUAUUGGACGCUGAGACAGUUUUUUCGGUUUCUGUUUGCAUAAGUGUACCUACCCGUGCAGUACACGCAACAAGGCGUGACGAACUACGGGUACCAGCAGCAAAUGCCGAAUCAGCAGCAGCAGUACUACCAGCAACCACCGAAUGCAUACAACGAAUACGGGGGACCACCAGCAGGACAAGGGAGAUACAGCCAGGGUGGUCCCCAGCAGCCGCAUGUCGGGCAGUUGAUGCAGGGGGUGGACCCGGCGACAGGGCAGACGAAGUAUUUCCGCAUGGAGAUCGACCCCUCCACCGGGCAGGGGGUUCCGCGGGAAAUCAGCGAAACCGAGGCCAAACGGGCGUUCCAGGCGGCGGGAUGAGAACCGCUUCAACUACGUGGCUCAGGCUGACGCAGGGAAGUCGUGUAGAUAUAGGAGUACGAGAGUGGGAAAUUAUAUUUUUUGCUACGAAAAAGUAAGACUAAGAGCAAGGUGAAGAAGUUUGAUUUACGCACGAGAAGAAGCACCGUUUUCGUUUUCGCACUUUUCAAAGUCUCGCUUUCUGCAGAAGAAAGAGGGCUUUUUUGGAAGGAGAAAGGGCGGAAACGUCAAUGAAGGAAUUCGCUGACUUGGAUGGUGUAGAAUUGGAAGCAAAUAGAAGUAAGUAUUAUCGCUGACGCAAGAAGAAAAACUCCUAUCUCAGCGGGUCAUAGAGCGCAGCGUGGAGAUUGUGGGAACGAUUUUAGUUUCUUGAACGGAAUAAUGGUUCUAUUCUGUAAGAUAGAAAGUCAAU